GGCUGAUGUCAUGGGAGGAUAGCAGGAAGGGGGCUUAAGUAUGCUCUUGACUCAAUGCUUCAAGUCCUUCAGAUCUACUCAAACUCUGAAGUGGAUGAAACCUUACUCCGUUUUCACAACUGUCUUGAAAGAUCUCACCUCAUCUUGUUCAGGAGGAUGGCAACUUUCAGACUUAGAUGAAAGAUGAAAAACGAUCGGGACUAUGAAGGGCGCUUACCAACUCCGGUAAUCGAUAGUAGGGACCGCUCCUCAGGUGACUAGUACCUGAGCUCGUUUAUUUGUGUGGAAUGUGUUUGGAGGUGUGGGGCUUGUUCUUGAUUUACCGGGUUUCCCAAGCUGUUCUCCUUUGGAUAAUGAACCAUGAGUUACUUUCUGUCCUAUUGCAAAGCUCACGGAGGGGCCAUCCUCACCCACUAUCAGGUCUUGCGUGAAGAGGGCUUUCUGUGCGAUGUGAAGCUGGAGGCUGAAGGCAGCCAGUUCCCGGCACACAGGUCGCUCCUGGCGUGCUCAAGUGACUACUUUAAAGCUCUUUUCAAAAGCUAUACGCAGGAGUCUAGGGCCCCCGUUAUCCACCUGCAAGUGCCCUCAGCCAAUGGUCUUCAGCGCCUCCUGGACUUCAUCUACACUGCCUGGCUGCCCUUGUCCAUGGACACGCUGGAAGACACGCUAGAGGCCGCCAGUUACCUGCAAGUGAGCCAGGCUGUAGGCCUCUGCAGUCGCUACUUGGUGCGUCACCUGGGCCUGGAGAACUGUUGCUUCGUGGCCAACCUCGCCACCCGCUUUGGCCUGGCUGACACGCUGUCAGCGGCCGAAAACUUCAUUGCAGGCCACAUGCGCGAGCUCCUGGACAGGGGCCCCGAAGCGGCGGGGCUUCUAGAGCUCAACCCGGUCUCGCUUAAGGCGGUACUGGGCUCCCCAGACGUGCCAUACGUGGCCGAGGCCCGGUUACUGAGCCUGGCGCUGAGCUGGUUGCUUCAGGAUCCCGCGGCCGAACGCCUUCCGCACUGCUCCAGUCUUCUGGAACGCAUUCGCUUCGGCCUGGUGCCCCCCGAAGUGCUUCGUCGGGUCUAUUCGGGCUCAGGCCUCAGUCUUCCUACCCGAGUGAAGAGUCUAAUUAUCCAGGCUAUCAGCUACCAUACAGCCACCUCCCGCCAGCCCUUAAUGCAGAGCGAGCAGACUAAUUGCAGGAGCUCCCGAACCCGCAUCUUACUGGUUGGGGGGCGCCGGGCCAAAGAGGCAGUGACUCAAGGUGCUGAAGAUGCACAGAUCCCUCAAGAAGAGGAAAGAGGUAACAUCGGCAGAGCUGCAGAUGAACAGGUUGAACAGGAGGUGCAACCUGAAGAAGUGGAUGAGUGGGAACUGACCCAAGAUGUGGUCUCCUUCGACGUGUACAACCACCACUGGCGCAACCUCACCAGGCUGCCCGCCCCGUUGCAGGGACACUGCGUGUGUACUAUUGGCAACUUCCUUUACGUACUGGGAGGGGAGACUCCGUCAGGCAGCUCCUCUUCUCUUUCUCCAACCGUUCCUCUGGAAGUCACAGCUCAAGUGCACCGCUAUGAUGCGCAUUUCCACGUGUGGGCUCCUGUGCCUGCCAUGCAAAAGGCCCGGGCCUACUUCUGGUGCGGCGUUGUGGGAGACAACCUCUUAGCCGUCGGGGGUGUGGGCGCAGAUGGAGCCGCCCUAGCCUCUGUGGAGAUAUACGACUUGGACCGAGACCGCUGGAAAGCGGCCAAGGAGCUGCCGCAGCCAGUGUAUGGUCAUGCCGGGGCGCUAGGGACCUGUGGCACUGUUUAUAUAUCUGGGGGCAAGCUCGGAGGGCGGCCGGAGGAUGGAGGUUUGGAACGAGGUGGCAGCAUCCGGGAUGUGUACGCCCUAAGCCCACGGGAAAGGGUAUGGAGUAAAAGGGCACCCAUGAGCAUCGCCCGCUUUGGGCACCACAUGGCCACGCUACGGGGCGCGGUGUUUGCUUUUCUGGGGCGCUAUGAGCUCUUCUCAGAGAUUGAACGCUACGAUCCCGGAGCAGAUCAGUGGACUCGCUUGCGGCCCCUGCUCUAUGACCGUUUCUGCUAUGGACUAGCGGUGGUGGAGGAGACUGCACUUCUACUAGGUGGGUUAAAAUGGCAAGAUUCCAGGCAAGUGCCCACCCGCAACGUGGUAGGCUAUGACUUGGACCUCGACCGCUGGGAAGAUAUUGGUUGCAAUAUGCCGCAGGCUUGGAGCGGCCUUAAGUGCGCAGUGUUGCAACUGUCAGAAGAGGAAGAGGAAAGGGUGGAAAAGAUAAAGAAAGUGGAAACAUAGGCCGAGGUGCAUUAAAUCAUGCUCCUCUCAUUUCAGGACACAGUUAUGAAAAUGGGUGUAACUGACAGCACAUUGUUCCCAAAAUGAUAGUCUCUUCCAAUGUAUCUUUAAACCUUAUGAGAUUGCAGAGACUGGAGGUUAUGGAAAAACACAGAAUGAAGUAUUAAACUGAAGACAGUUUCAGCUUAACGUUAAAUCCCAGAAGAUAUUCUCCUUCUCCCACUCUCUCCCUCUCCCCUCUUUCCCCGCCCCCCUCCCCCCCCCAGUUGACAGAAUGGGAGUAAGAGAGAAGAUAGGAAAGAUGAUUUAGCUUCAGCUGCCUGAUUUCUUGGAAGAA